AUGUCAUCGGAACAGUGCUUAUUCAAAUAUAAAGAUGGGUACAUUCUUCUCGAAGACUUGGAGUCUUGGUAUGGACAGGGAUUUAUCACACCAGAGGACAGGAUUCAGAUUUUUGAAGGAUCCACAUCUGUUAACUAUAAAAUCAGUGCUCUGGUAGAGCUAUACGGUAAACGGUCACCAUUCCGGAGAAUACCAAAAAGGAUGGAGCAUGAUCCCUUGGCUGAAUAUUCUUCUUCUGAGGAUGAACAAGAUGAUCAAGAUUAUCCUAACGAUUACGAUUGCACGCACAUAGAAGGAUCGUCUACCCCGCCUCCUGCACCGCAAGAUCCGUCACCACAAAAAAAAAUGGGCGGGGCGUUUGGAGCUAAACGGAUCGCGUGCCAAGAACAGUCUCCGAUCAAUAAGGAAAAUCCAGUUGAUCUAAUUGUAGAGGCUGAUAGACCUUCAAUGUCAGUUCAAACCAGAAUAAUGGAAAAUUCAAAAUUUAUUUUUCGAGAUUACGCGCUGUACAAUGUGGAUAUCGAAAAUGAGGGGGAUAAGAUUACAGGCCACGAGGUGAUAACUGAAAUGCGAAGGCUAAAAAGCAUGAUUGAUUUGAGUAAAUGGACCAUUUCUAAGAUUUGUUUUUUCAAGUUCCUUCAUCGGAAAAAUAAUAGGAACAACAGGAAGCCAAGUGUGCCGAUAUGUCGCCUCUGCAAUUAUACGCCCUUUAGUGGUCUCCUUUUUUUGAGUCACAUGUUUCGAGAAGAUCAUAUCCAAAUGUUGUCUCAGCAUAUGGUACCAAAAGAAUCGUUCCAGUACUGGGAAUCACUUUUUGAAAAGUGUCAGAAACAAUGCGUUCUGGAUGAACCUUUCGAUUUCAAUGAGGAAAAGAAAGAAGAGGAGAUUCUAGAUCAAGAAAAGAUUGGACCUUGUAAAACUGUUUCCCUCUACACCACCAUCCCAUUAUUCUCUUCCAACACAAGCACCGAUUUACCAAAACUAGAUUCUUCUACUAUAUCCAUACUUCUCUACCUAACAUCUCAAUGGCAAUGGCGGGAAGAAAAUAACUUCUUGGCAAAGUUGUACAAGUCAGUGAAUAUCCCGCAAUAUUGCAAAGUGUGUGAAGAAGAUCUGGAAUGGCACGAAACAAGGUUCACAAGACAUAUCAUGUCCGAGAAUCAUCUCAGUGGGCUAACAGGAAUAUCACAGAAAGAACUGAACUUUUGGGUCAAUAUUUUGACCUUGGAAGUUGUGCUAAAAGGUUUCAAUAACAGACAUAAAACAAGGAUUCUGGAGUACAGAAAUCAACGCCCAAUUCCUCUUUUUGAUUUCAAAGUGGAAACAACCAUUCUAGAAGAAAACCUUCGUUCCACUAAAAUGGUAGAGCUAAGAACUCUCUUCGAUUCUAUAAACAAGAAGCUAUUGGUUGACCCAGAACCUGGUAUACGUAGCUGGCCGAUUCAUCAAGGAGUUGCAUGUUUUGCAUGUGAUCUACCAAAAAGUUUCUUCAAAACCGAGUUGGACUUAGUGCUGCACCUUUUCACUGAGAAACAUUUGAAUUAUCUACUAAAAUUCGGUUUCUCCGAGAAGGCGUUUCUUUGGUGGAAAAAAUUCUUCGACAAUAUUCUGAGUAGCCCUGGCGGAAGAGAUCCCAUUUACUCUUUUGUACGACGCACGUCAUCUCUGCAGAUGUCGGAUAGUCCUCUACAAGAUUUCGUCGCGGUACCAACGGUUUUACCAUUGGCUGUACCACCGGCUGUACCAUCGCCUUUACAAACUGCAGAACAGUCUAUAACGCAAGAACAGAAUGUAUUCGAUAGUUUGCCACGAAUUCCAUUACUUAGUUUUCCACCGAAGGAAGCUCUGAAAGCAAAUCAACAAACUUUCAUAAUGAGCAUGAGAGAAAUAGUGUCGGCUUUGACGAUGUAUGGAAAAGAAGUGGCUGACAGGAAUUUUGUAAACUGGAAGUGUGCGUACUGUAGCUCAGAAGAGCAACGUGUGAUACUGUCAUCAGAACUAGAAGCGUUCAACCAUAUCGCUUCACAGAAACAUCUCGAAAAGAUGAAAUUUACUGCUUCCAUCGAUGACUUGCAACACUGGAAGGAAUGGGCUAUUGCGACCAAUCCAGUGAUUAAAAUAGAAGCUCAAGCACCAGAUUCGGAAGAAGCAUCAGGCCCUCUUCCAAAUGUUCCACGUGUACCCAUGCUAGAUAAAGUCCCACCAGGUGCGGAAUGUGUGACAGAAAAAAGACAGUUCUACGGUUAUCUCAUGAAAUACAAGGGCAAAUUCCAAUAUUGUGACGCUAAAGUAUUGGAAAAGGGUAGAGCAAUGCAAGUCAACUGGAAAUGCACGUUUUGUACAAUCCGUCACUCCACACUUCAUAUUCAGUUCUCAGAUAUGAUGUCCGCUUUUCUUCAUAUUGUUACAUCUAAACACUGGAGGAAGAUGGGCUGCAAAGCAUCUAUUAAAGAUCUGAACUAUUGGGUAAAUUGGGCGGUAUCCGUUCUCAAGCGUAAUGAAACAAUAUCAACUGUUUCUUUAAAUAAGUCUUUAAACGAGUCUUUUAAUACAACUGGAAAAGAAGAGAGCAACGUUGCAUGCCCAGGAAAAAAUAGUCCACGUGUCGCAAUGAUAGAUGAAAUGCCAGAAAAUGAAGAUGUUGUUUCAAGUAAUCUGACUGACAAUGCAAUUGUGGAAUGUGUGACAGAAAACAGAAUGUUCUACGGUUGUCUACCAUCUAUUGAAGAUCAGAAUUAUUGGAAGAAUUGGAAGGAAUCCGUUCUCAAGCGGAAUGAAACAACAACAACUGCGUCUUUAAAUAACCCUCUAAAUAAAACUGAAAAAGAAGAGAGCAACGUUGCAUGCCCAGGAAAAAAUAGCCCACGUGUUGCAAUGAUAGAUAAAAUGCCAGAAAAUGAAGAUGCUGUUUCAAAAGAAACGUUCAAUAGAAUUCUCGAUGAAGCUCGAAAAAAAUUCAAAAAAGGAGGAAAGCAAAAAAAUAGAGCAGUUUCAAGAAAUAAAAAAAACUACGCCACCCACUGGGUCUGUUCAUUUUGCUGUACACCUUCGAAAACUGUGACACUGGGUAAUGAAAUGGAUGCAUUCCUUCAUAUUGCCAAAGGAGUGCAUCGGGAGAACAUGCAAUACACAGCAUGCCUAUCAGAUCUACUGUACUGGAAGACAUGGGUAGACGAAUUGCAUGUCAAACUGGAAAAGGAAACACCGUUGCCAAUUAAACUCGAUCCUCCACGGGUACCACUUCUAGAUAAACCGUUAGAUACUGAUUCGAAAUUGUCAGAAAGUGACUUCCUGACUCGAUACAAUGCAAUCAGACUUCGAAUUCCCCACUUGAAAUCUUGCAUAGUUACUGAGCAAAAAGUGAAUUAUACCUGUAAACAUUGUCCAGGCACUAACGAAAUUACCACUAUUCAUGAACUCAUAGAACACGUAUUCGACGGAAGACAUCAUUCAUACAUUCAAUUCUCAGCUACACUUUCGGACUUUACAUUCUACGAAAAUCUUAUCGAAAUUGCAAAUCCGAAUGUAAGCGAGGCACAAGGUAAGGAAUGUUUAAUUGCUCAAAAGCCUGUCGCACCACCAUCAACAGUACCUUCAAUAGGAACAGUGAAAACAACUCCCAUCUCAGUGGUGAACCCAGUGCGCACUACCACCGUAAUUCCCGACUGCGAGUUACCGCUAUUCUGUCCGUUACCUUCAACUAGAAAGCCAUCUGAUUCUACAUGUCCGGGACCUACAAACCGGCAGAUUGAGUUUGUCAGCAAAACUAAACUCAGGGAGUUCAUUCCACAUAUUCCAUUUUUUACGGAACCGACACGAUGUGGUCUCUGCGAUGUGAAUAUGUCACAGUGGGCAUUACUGCAUGUCACUAGUCACGUAUUUUCAGUUGGACAUUUGAAUAAGUUUAAAAGCAAUGGCGUUAUAUUCUAUCAAGAAGAUUUCGAGUGGUGGAUUACAAAGUUAAACUCGGCGACAGUGUUGCGUGUCCCAUCGAGUCCCUCUCAAUUGACUAAUUAUUAUUUGGGUGGACUGAAACAAAUCAGUACUCUCGCUACAGCACAAGACUUCUCAUGUUUGACAUCGGCGGAAAUAGAACUGUUUGCUAAUAUUGACAAAACAAAACUAACAGUUCCAAAGACGACGGCUAGCAUAAUGAUUAAGUUCGGUUGCUGCGUCUACUGCAAUAUUUGGUUCCUAAAACCAACAGAUGCCAUUCAUCAUUUCAUUUCUGACUACCAUUUCGCUAAUGUCAAAAAGCAUCAUUCGGUGAAGCGAACAGAAGUGGAUGAGAUUCUGGAGAUCGUGAAAACUUGUCAAAAGGAUUCAUUGAAGUGA